AUGUUUAAGAUAAAGCGUUUUCAUGCCAGAGGAAGCUGCUUGAGCUUGAGCCAAGCCGCAGAGCUCUGGGAGGACAAAGCAUUCACCUCCUCCCUCACCUGGGGCAGUUACCGCAUUGGGCCUGCAGAAGUGGAGAAUGCGCUGGCCGAGCACCCAGCAGUGGCUGAGUCAGCUGUGGUGAGCAGCCCGGACCCGAUUGGAGGGGAGGUAGUGAAGGCAUUUAUUGUCCUGACCCCGGAAUUCCUGUCCCAUGAUCAGAACCAGCUCACCAAGGAGCUGCAGCAGCAUGUGAAGUCAAUGACAGCCCCAUGCAAGUACCCGAGAAAGAAGAAGUAUUUCAGCUUAGGGGUGUGGGGGAGCUAACUGAAUCGGACGGAACCUCU